AUGAGGACGACGAUCUGGCGACCGAACGUGAGAGUGACCCUCAACGAGUAUGGUGAAGUUGAGGACACGGAGAGUGGGGGAGAGGAGUUGACGAAGAAGGGCACGAAGCGGAAGAUAGCCCCUCGCACGAAGGGGCCAUGCGAGCACGGGGUGAAGUAUCGGUCGCAAUGCAAGGUGUGCAGCGCUUGUCCGCACGGGAAGAGGCGCACUACGUGCAAGGAGUGCGGUGGGUCUCAAAUCUGCGAGCACGGUCGUGAGCGUCGUUACUGCAAGGAGUGCGGUGGUGCAUCAAUCUGCGAGCACGGUCGUCGGCGCACUUACUGCAAGGAGUGCGGUGGGGUUGGAGUCUGCAAGCACGGCCGUCAGCGCUCUAGGUGCAAGGAGUGCGGUGGUGCAUCAGUCUGCGAGCAUGGUCGUCAGCGCAGAUACUGCAAGGAGUGCGGCGGGUCUCAAAUCUGCGAGCACGGUCGUGCGCGCUCUCAGUGCAAGGAGUGCGGUGGGGGCGCAAUCUGCGAGCACGGUCGUCGGCGCUCUCGGUGCAAAGAGUGCGGUGGGUCUCAAAUCUGCGAGCACGGUCGUGUGCGUUCUCAAUGCAAGGAGUGCGGUGGUGCAUCAAUCUGCGAGCACGGUCGUCAGCGCUCUACGUGCAAGGAGUGCGGUGGGUCUCAAAUCUGCGAGCACGGUCGUGCGCGCUCUCAGUGCAAGGAGUGCGGUGGUGCAUCAAUCUGCGAGCACGGUCGUCAGCGCUCUCAAUGCAAGGAGUGCGGCGGUGGGAACCCUCCGCCGUCGACAGCCGGGACGAUGAAAAAAUAG